AUGUGUAUUGGAAGGUUGAAAGUAAUAUUUCGUCUGCCACAACAAGUAUAUGGUUCUAUUCAACCUGCAUGGACCAAAGACCCUUUGGCAUAUGUUGAGUGGUAUGCUCCAUUGAAACCUGCAGCAGAAGACUAUCAUGAAAUGUAUACCGUCAAGAAACCCUUACUUUCCUCAGAUGGCUCAUUGCCAGGUAAAGUUAUUCCACUGUCAUCUAUUAGACAGACUUGUCAGCUUGUUCCAAACUUUGGAACAACAAUUCCUAUAGAUUGGACUUCUGAUAAUGUAUUAGAUAAAUGUGAUACCUUCUUACUUAAUUGUUUUACUUCUAAAUACGCAUACCAAACUUUAUGGUAA